AUGCCUGUACAUCUACCAAAUCACCAGCCAUUACGUUUUGGUGUGCAACAGUCGUUAAGGCAUGUUCUUGAUGAUCCCUCAUCGAGUAAGACCAUGCUGACAGAAUUCUUUGUUUCCAACAGUUCUGAUGAAUCAGCAAUGCGUCUUAAGCUUCUGUAUAAAGAAUUUCCAGAGUACUUUGUGUGGGAACCAGCCAAGAAAAAGUGGAAAGUUCGACAUAAACAAGUUGUAGUUGGUCGUCUUUGCACAGUUAAUCCGUUUGAAGGUGAGCGCUAUUUUGAGCGUCUGUUGUUGAUUAAUGUAUGUUGCCCAACUUCUUUUCAAGAUUUGUUAACCGUGAAUGGCCACACAUUUGCGACCUUUCGUGAGGCUGCUGUCUCAAGAGGACUUCUACAAUCUGAUGACUACAUUGAUAGUUGUUUGGCAGAGGCGGCUCUGUUUCAGGCUCCUUCGUGUCUGCGUGUGUUGUUUGCGUUGCUCCUUGUUUACGGCAUAACUACCGAUUUACAAGUAUUGUGGGAUAAAUAUUAUCAUCCAUUGUCUGAAGAUUUUUCUCACAAUGGAAUAUUGACGGACGAUGAGGUGCUUGGAAAAACAGUUGUUGCGAUUAAUGUUGUGCUUAACUCUAUGGAUAAAUCUUUGGCUGACUUUCCAAUCCGUUUUAGUUGCAAGUAUGCAUCUGAUGAUCUGAUUCACAUAUCAUCCACAACUUUAUAA